CCGGAUGUAACAACGCCUCUCUUUUGACAGAAACGAUGCAGACCAUAAAGUGUGUGGUGGUGGGCGAUGGUGCCGUGGGAAAGACCUGUCUGCUGAUCUCCUACACCACAAACAAGUUCCCCUCGGAAUAUGUGCCCACGGUAUUCGAUAACUAUGCAGUGACGGUAAUGAUUGGCGGGGAGCCGUACACUCUGGGUCUGUUUGAUACGGCAGGUCAAGAGGACUACGACCGGCUGCGACCCCUCAGCUACCCCCAGACGGACGUCUUCCUCGUCUGCUUCUCCGUCGUGUCACCCUCGUCCUUUGAAAACGUCAGGGAGAAGUGGGUACCAGAAAUCUCGCACCACUGUCCCCGGACUCCAUUCCUGCUGGUCGGUACCCAGGUGGACUUGAGAGACGACAGCAACACGGUGGAGAAGCUGGCUAAGAACAAGCAGCGGCCCAUAUCGCCCGAGAGCGGAGACAAGCUGGCGCGAGACCUGCGGGCCGUCAAAUACGUGGAGUGCUCUGCCCUCACCCAGAGAGGUCUGAAGAAUGUGUUUGAUGAGGCCAUUCUGGCUGCACUGGAGCCCCCAGAAACCAAGCCCAAGAAGCGCUGCUCACUGUUGUAAACAGAGCCAGGGAGGGAGAGCGAGACAAAAAACUAAAAAACAGGGACAAGAAUGUGGACCAUUGGAACAGGUAGACCAUGUAGAAAAAGAGGAGGGUAACACAAGAGGGAGGGGAUGAGACACUCUUUUUUUUUUUUCAUCCAGUGCCUUGAGUAACCGAACUAAGAGAGUGGGGUGUGUGCCAGCUACCUGGUUUACUCUCUUUGUCACUAACUGCCUAGUCGUUUUUUCAGAGAUAGCCUUAAAUAUACUGCAUCAGAGGAUGGAAGCUUCUCCACAAAAGGGCGUAAAAGCACUAGGCAUGGAUGCGUCGCUUCUUUGUCGUUUUUUGCUAUUACUAACUUAAUCAGGAUACAGUCAGCCGUUGAAAUGCACAUCAUGAGCGAACACACACACACACAUACAAACACAUACACACACACAAACACAGACACAUACACAAACACACACACACCAGCAUCCCUUAACUAGGCCUAUCUGGCAUGGUGAACGAAGAGAGAAACAAGCAAAAAGAAACAAAAUGAAAAGAUGAUCAAUAAAGUGGCCGUUUUUUCACUUAUGUGUCAGCUGCAACAAAAACUGGAACUCAAAAGUGCUUCUUACCUCCUCUGCCUCCUGCAGGCGAGAGAAUGAACUGAAACAUUCUUACAAUCGCGGUGGAGAAUUAUCGUGUAUUAAUAAUAACUUGAGUAUUGUUUUUAAACAGCGGGGAUGUUUUUUGCAAUUUUAUUUUCAGACCUGAGGGGUUUUUUUUAUUGUUAUUUUUAAUAUUACUGAAUUGCUUCAUAUUGUGCCAACAUUUUGGGUGCCACUCCAUUGCUAAGUUUUUUCUUUUUUUUUUCCAUAACAAACUGUUCUACUCCAGUCAUCUAAUAGGUUUUUGUUGUUAUGAUUAUUAAUGAGAAUGCAAUAAUGACUCCAUGUGACAAUGACGAAUUUUUCAGGAGGUGUUUGAAAUGGUGGAAUGUAUAAUAAAAGACUGUUAACUGAA